UUUUAACUCUUCUUGGACCAUUAAUUAAUUUAUUAUUUAAUGAUGAUGUUCUUGGAGUUACUUUAUUCAUAAUAUCAUUACUAGAAUCCGGAGAAUAUUUUGAUAAAGUAGGUGAAGAUG